UUGUUUCGUCACGUGUCCUGGUGUUUUGUGUACCAUGGCUGCUCCCGUAGCUCUCAUUCAAGGUGCCAGCAGAGGACUGGGGUUUGAAUUCUGCAAACACAUAUUAAAAAAUAAAAGCCUCGCUGCUGUUGUAGCGACAUGCCGAAACCCGGACGGGGCGGCGGAGCUGCGGGACCUGGCUGUGCAGCACCGGGGCAGACUCACGCUCCUCAAGCUGGACGUGAACCAGGAGGAAGACAUCCGCGGGGCGGCUGAGCGGGUGAAGGAGAACUUCGGUCGGGUGGAUCUCCUGGUAAACUCUUCGGCGAUGCUUCACCCCACCGGGAAAGGAGAAACCAGCCUGAGGGACGUUUCUGCUAAGGGCAUCAUAUCCACCUUGACGACUAACACCGUGGGCCCCCUGGUAAUGGCCAAAUAUUUCAGCCCCCUCCUUCUGAAGGGUGGCGGUGCCUUCGGUCAGCAGCCAGCAGAGAAAGCCAAGCAGCACAGCGGCAUCAUUGUCAACAUCACCGCUAAAGUCGGGUCCAUCGGAGACAACGGACUUGGCGGCUGGUACAGCUACAGAAUGUCUAAGGCAGCUCUCAACAUGGCUACCAGGAAUUUAUCCAUAGAGCUGGGGCGCAGUCGGCCCAAGGUGGUGUGUGUGUCCUUACACCCGGGAACAGUUAACACGGAUCUCUCCCGGCCCUAUCACAGGAACGUGCCAAAUGACAAGCUGUUUAGCGCUGAACACUCUGUGAACUGUCUGAUGGGCAUCAUUAAUUCCCUAAGUAUGGAAAAGACCGGAAAGGCAUACAACUGGGAUGGGACUGAGCUUCCCUGGUAGGAUCAGAAAGUAGAAACGGAGAGCCUUUGUGCAGCCUCUCCGAGCAGAUGAUGCUGAGACAAGCAGGGAUUUUACUAUUGACACAUCGAAAACGAGUGUUUUACUGGAGGUUUUUGACAGAGUAAUUAUCAGGUCCCAGAGAAACCUUCUCUACCUCAACACCAAAGUACAUACAUUAUCCCCGGUUAUUAACAUUGAAGUCAUGUGUGGCCCUAAGAUAAGACGGUUUUAAAAACACCUUGGAUCAUUUUUUAAGUUGAUGUCAUCGACCAUAAACUGAUGUUGAAAUGUGCAGUGUGAGUUGAUAACACCAUGAAGUCAAUCAAUAGAGCUUAAUGUUAAGGUAUAUAUGGACCCCUCCGAAAAGAAAGCAGACUUAAAUGUCAAGAAAUCACAAAGAGGCUGUACAAGUGCAUGAAAGCGUCUUCAGUGCCAGCAAACUGUAAACUUGCGGCAUGAUUAGCAAAUCACCAGAACCCGCAGAGUACACGAAGAUCUCGCACAUAAGCUGUUCAGAUAAGCAGAGAUUUAAAGAAUCAAACAAAAUCUGUAAAUUCUAGACCCGUUGUUCUCUAAAUGUUAUACCAAUGGUACUUUUGAAGCCUUUACUUAAAAAGCCAAACAUACAGAUUUUUUAGUUUAGGACUGACACUGUUGAAAAUGAAAAGUCCAGUGUAGCAACCCCCCAUGCCCCAUGCAAAAAUGGAAGAAGACUACAUGAAAUAAGUUCUGAAACUGAACUCGGGUUUUGGGAAUACCAAUUAAAAAUUAAAAUAUCCAUGUAAGUAGUUGUGGGCUGGAAAAUGUGUGGUAUUUGGUGAUAGUUGUACUCAAAGAUUUGACACUUAGACUAACUGCUCUUAACUGUCCACUGUAAUGGCCGAGUGUGUCUGCAGUCUAUGGAUUCAAGCAAAAAACAGGUUCAAAAAUAAAAUUUGUACAAUA